AUGUCAUAUCCGCAGAAAAGGUUUUUCCUUUUUAAUUGUGACAAUACUUACAAUUUAGAAAUGGUAGAGAGGUUUUAGCUUGAGGUAGAGGAGAAAUAUGGCUUCAAAUUCUCAGUUGAUCGUCUUUAUUUUGGUCUGCAACGAAUGGCUGAGGUGUGCGACAGGAUUAUACCUACACUGGAUAUGGACGUCGCUGUCUUUGUUGUCUACGCGAACGAAUCUCGUCUCUCUAUGAACGAAGACAACCCCGGGGAUGGUUACGCGAGAAUCUAUCGAGCUUUGCUUAAAAUAACAGGUGGGCUUCAGCUAUCUCUUAAUGGCUCGCUUUCCAUUGCAUGAUUUGGUUUAAGGCAGUUUUAGAUACGCACACUGGAGAUUGGUGAUAUACUUAGCUUGCCUUCCACUGACUCGGUACAUAAGUUUUAAAAACGCACGCACAUGGUUGGUAAUUUUACUAAUACAUAUCCAGUUUAAAACGUAAGACACGGCAAUAUAAAACUUGUUCGACGGAUGCUUUGAUAGUUCACGCACAGAAUGAGAUGUUGAUACAACUGCAGAAGAAACCGUUCUCAACCGUAAGUCCCGUGACCCCUUCUUUUUAUUCCAAUAAUCUAUACUGUGAAGGCUUAAUUAGUUAAUAAAACGCUUUCAAAGUCCUUUUUAUAAUAUAAGAUAUGGUCAGGAUGGAAAAUAGUUAAUCGAUUAGGAAGGUAAAGACGUAAAAACUCCUGAAGCACUUUCGAUUUUAAGGGCAUCAGUUCAUAUGACACGCAGAUUCUAAACUAAUGAAGAAAAGUGUCCUGGAGAGCUCCAUACAAUUCCUCGUAAUUUUAGUAUAAGGAAUUGUAUGGAGCCUUCCAGGAGACUUUUCUUCAUUAGUUUAGGCGCGGCGGAUUUUGUCACGUAUGAUCAACGCGAGGAGUUUUUCCCGACCCUCUUCUGUCAGGCAAAUGGAAUCAACAACAAGUUUAUUCAGUAUUACCAUUUUGUACAGGUGUUACCACAGGUGGCCCAAGCUCGGUGCAUAAAUUACCGCGAGUUUCGAUACUGUUUUGCAUAUUACGAACGAUUUGAAGAAUUUGUAUGAGAAAUUCAUUAUAGCUGUAGAAAUACAGGCAUGAAUAUAGAAAUAAAUUGUACUUUCGUAAACUUGGGCCUGUUGUUGCCUUUUCGGUGUAACCUGGGCUCAAUUCAUGGGAGUUUUAUACGGUUUUACGGCACGUUGUUUAUUCGGUGUUGUUUUCCUACGUAAAGCGAAGCAAAGCAGGUGACUGCACAGGUGGCUCAAGCUCGGUGCAUAAAUUACCGCGAGUUUCGAUACUGUUUUGCAUAUUACGGACGAUUUGAAGAAUUUGUAUGAGAAAUUCAGUAUAUCUGUUAAAACGUAGAAAUGUGGGCAUAAAUAUAGAAAUAAAUUGUACUUUCGUAAACUUGGGCCUGUUGUUGCUUUUUCUGUGCAAUCUGGGCUCAAUUCAUGGCCGUUUUAUACGGUUUUACGGCACGUUGUUUAUUCGGUGUUGUUUUCCUAUUUAAAUCGGAGCAAGGCAGGUGAGUGCGUGCAGUCUUGACUCGCAAAUCUCUCCCACACCGAUGAACGGCGCACUGAUUCGCCAUUGAAGCGUCAGUUCUUUAAGGUCGCUUAAGUCUAUCAUCUAUUCGCCUCUUCAAGGGUAUCGUGAUGCGUUAUUUGAAGAAAUAAUUUUGGAAAGCUUUCGGUUCUGGGCAAUCUGGCGUUCGCUCAGGUAACUCGAUGACUACGUGUUGCGCGGUGAACGCGAACAUGGACUCAGGGGAUUCCGGUAAUCAAUAUUGCAUGACAAAACAUGGAUCUUCCUACCCUCAGAUAGUCUACUGAUUGCGCGUGAGCGGUGUUUGGAAUUAUCCAAUUACAUGAGCGAAUAUAAAAUGUUCGCCUUCCUUUUUUUUUUUUUUAGAUGAUAACGUGCUAAUCGUGAUAGGCGGAGACAGUAACUACAGAGAUGAAAACGAAGAAGUACGGUUUGUCAUCUCGCGCUGGGCGAGAAAGAAGGUGGCUUCUCAGUGCAGUGCAGAGUAUCUGGAUGGAAGGCAAAGCUUUAUCUUCUCUUGGGAUAAAAAACACCGAAUGAUUCACGAGGAAGCAAUGCGGCAUUUCCUUGAUCAGGGCAAAAGGGGAUCCAAGUUUGAAUACACACUACCCAGGCCCUUGCCAAAGCCCAUACCGCCUGUGAUCCCUCAGCACCUGUCGAAGCCGAAAACAACUGUGGCCACCUUUGCAGGCAGGAAUGUGAGGCAAGAGGUAAGAGCUAUAGUCUUCACUCUUUAUGCCCGGGAACUUACUGGAAGAUCCCGGUUUUAAGCCCUGGGCUUUUACAAUUUGGAAAAGAGUAUUGGAUGGGCUUAUGACAAGAGGAGGCUUAAUAGCGUUAUAAUUCCAAGCCACACCCUCUUCCGACACCAACAGCCCCUAACCGCAUCAUUGGAUCGAGAUACUCUUUCAAUAGCCAGUCAGCUUAAAACGACAAAUGGAAGUUAGCAUGACCUUUAAAAAUAGUAAUGGCUAAGUGAUUAUUAACCAAAAAGACACACUGAUAAUGAUAACGCUGGCCUUUCCGGCCUUCUUCAUGUCUAGUCCUUCUUUUCUGGCCGCACCCUUCCCCGAUCCGGCUUAAGUGUAAGAAGAUCGAAUUUAGUUUGUAAAGUUUUCACCAAAAAACUUUAACUAAAAUGAAUUUAUUUUAUUACUUUUAACUUAUGUUGUUUUUCCAUCCUUCGCAUAGUCGUCUUUGGUGGAAAGUAACACAGAAAUCCUUAUCCAAGACAACGAACAAGAUACUUACCGAGGUGAAAGUCUUUCGCUUGUUAUAAUUAAUGAUUUAGGGAAAUAAGUUUGGCUAAGGACCGUUGAACCUCGUAUCAUGUGCCCGUGUCGAUGUAUGCAGUUAUUUUAUGAUUAUAUGUACAGUACUAAGUAAGCAGUAAAAAGCCUCACACUUUUAAUUCUGUGUCUUGCUUUCUCGGUUCAAAGAAACAUAAAAAUCAUAUUAAGUUUAUUUAUAGUAAUGAAAACCAACAAGGCUAUUCAAAAUCGCCCUUAAAUAAAUGGACUGAAGCUUGAAAAAUAAAAGAUGCUCAGUAAUUUUAAUCUAUCUGCACAAAGCGGAAGGGCCGGUCCCCGUGAGAGAAUGACGUCAAUGACUGGGACAAUCGCAGAUAUCGAUGAUCAGCGUAAGCAGGCUAUCAGUUGCGCUGUUUCAUCAGCAGAUUAUUCAUAAAUGGAACGACAAAAUCAGGGCUCGAAAAAAACUUUAAUUCAAGCUAGUAGUUCGGCAAGCUGAUUUCACACUUUGCUGCCCAGGGCUACUUCUUGCUCCUCUGAGUUAUUGAUUUUGUCACGGGAUGACUUGCCUGGAUCCUUCCUUAUUGGACAAGGAAGCUUUUAAUGUUACUUGCCCAGCAAGUCCUGAUAAUUUAGUGAUUAAAAGAUAAAUCCUUAAAUGUACGUGUUUUUUAUAUUGUAGCGAUAAGUUCGGUUAUUAGUGGGAGAUCAGCUGGUGUCGAGGUAGAAACCGUUUUUCUGGAAACAAAAGUACGUUAUGGAGAGAUUUCGUACAACGCCAAGGACGUCCUACAGCGUAAAGGUGGGUGGCGACCUUCAGAGAUACAGGUGUCGAUCGUGAUGGAAGACCUGAAGCCCUAUGCUGUCCGCACAGUGAAGUUCUUCCGUUCUGGUGAUGAUCCCGCAGUUAAGUUUUCGUAUGACAAGAUGGGACCCCAGGAUCCCCUGCGGGAGUGCUCUGUGGUGUGUGUUCGUGGUGUUUUGGAGGACUACAGUGAAAGAUCCAUUAAAGAGUUCAAUAAAAAGUCCAGAUGCCGGAAAUGUAUACUCACCUGUUGCUGCUGCUUCUGCGUGCACCUCUUCCUUUGCUGUGGCAUGUUUAACGAAUGCAUGGUCACAUGUUAUUUAGCCCUGGUUCGCUGCCUUGGUUCCUUAUGGGGUUGGUGUACUAAUAGGUUCAGAGGCCGUUAAAAUAAUUUUAUUUUAUUUUUAACCAUUUUUGGAUAAAGCUGAAAUCCGAGUCUAAUAAUUCUUUUAUUAUUCAUUGAAAAUAUUUUAUACUUUAAAAAUAUGCUUACCUCGAUUGACGUCAACUUCCCGUCUUCGGCAAAUUCAAGAAUAAAGAAAGCUGUUUAGUCUUGCAGAUAUUCUUCAAAUAGCGUCUAGUUUUUUGCUGUUCUUGAUAUGCUUUUGGUUUAGGAAACAGUUUGGAAACCGUUACAAUUUUUUGCAUCAAUUUCGGUUGCUGGGAAACUGUCCACCUACCCCUCCCCUAAGCCAUCAUUUUGCCCUAAGUGAGAAGUGUUAAUGUUAGCUUAGGAGAGGGGUAGGUAGACAGUUUCCCAGAAACCUAAAGCGAUCCAAAUUUUCGGCCCUUUCAAGCUCUUUCAAUUUCAAAAAACAGCUGAGCUGCCGCGCCAAACCUCGUCGACUUCCUAAGGGGACUCACGGCUUACCGUACCCUUUCGUGUCUAUAUUCUGUAUGUUAACCUUUCAAACAAAUUCACUCUUGCAUAGGUAUUUGUUUCUCAUGCAUGUACAUAUACACAAAUAACUGGGAACACUUUCAUGAAUAAUUUGGCACUCUUUCGGAGAUAUUUCUGUGCUAAUGAGGGUACCACAUAUUCAGUACCGGGAGAAAUCAUGAGUCAUGAUCACUUUCAUAAUUCUCCUCAACUGCAUUCUUAAUGACAUAGCUACAUGUAAUUUCUAUUUUAGAGUAAGUCAUUUUGUUUGCACCUAACUAUUAAAAACAAUUAAGUUGUCAAAGUGUGAUUACCAUACUUGCCAACUCUCCCGGAUACGACCACAAAUCUCCCGGUCUCUUGUACGGGUCACGAAAUCUCCCAGAUGAAAUCGAGUUAUGAACUUUUCUGUGCUUUAAUUUGGAAUGUAUCCCAUUUUCUCCCAAAAUUCGAAUUUUCUUUGAUUCAAAGGUGGGUUUCUGGGGCAUUUUCGGUCGUCUUUCAUCACUGACUAAGAUUAUUUCGCCAUUACAAUCAUAAAAGCUACUUGUGAUGGUCUGUACCUCGUGUAACACUUCAUAUAAUGUCCCCUGAAGCCGAUCGGUGACUGGAUCGAAUUUUGCUUAUAGGCUGGGGGGUUAAUCGUUGACAUUCGAAGGGAGAGGGGGUACUGCAAAAGAAAGAGUCUCCAGAUUUUAGAAUUCCAGAGGUUUGCAUCUCUGGAUUAUGUACUACAACAAAUGCAAAUAAUCUUGAUCAUUGCUGUAGUUCACUUAACAAUAAAUAUUUUUCGCAGAUUACCAGCAUUUACCUGUUCUUUUCACUGCAGCAUUAC